GGUACCAGGGGCGAGCGGACCCUCCUUGCCUCCCACCCCGCGCCGCCCCGCGCGACGCCAGCCCCGGCCGGGGGUGUGAGCCCCGCCGGCACUGGGCCGGCCGCGGGGACGGCCAUGGACCCCGCCGGGCGGCGGCGAGGGGGCUGCUGCGCCGGGCGGCCGCGGCCGCGGAGGGGUUCCGGGAAGACCCGAGGGGCGCGGCGGGCCGGCUCUGUUGGGGGGCUGUCUCGGAUCCCGAGCCAGGAGGAGCCUCGGGAGGAGGCGGCGGCCAGACCUGAAUUCCUACUGCCAAAUGAGAAAAGCUUCCAGAAUGCUGCUAACAGCAAUAAUUUGGAUCUUAUGGAGAAGCUGUUUAAAAAGAAGGUUAACAUUAAUGCUGGGAACAAUAUGAACUGGAUAGCCUUGCAUUUUGCAGUGGGGGCAAAGCAUUUAUCUGCGAUGGAUUUCUUGCUCAAUCACAAGGCCCAGGUGGAUGUUGCUGAUAAGAAACUCCAGUGCAGCUGUGACUGUUGGAGGGGCAUUUUGCUCAGUGCAGGGGACUCUACCAUGUGUAUGUUUCUGUUGCUGGAGGGGGACACUGCCCUGCACCUCACAGCAAAGCAUGGUCACAGCCCUGUGGUCCCGUUGCUGCUAACCCAGUGGCAAGAAACAAAUAAAACCAAUGAGAAUGCAGAAACACCAUUCUUUCUGGCUAUUGAAGGAGGUCAUGAAGAAUGCAGCAAAGUGCUACUGGCAGGAGGAAGUGAUAUUAACAUCCCAAAUGAACUCAAUAUUGGUGCUUUGCACAUAGCAACCUGGAAUGGUCAUGCAUCCCUCAUCAGCUUUCUACUCAGUGAGAACAUUGAUCUGUACCAGAAAGAAAUGCUUUUUGAUCUGAAGAAGCCAGAAUCUUUUGGACUUGAAAACUUUAUUUCUUUCUGCAACCUAAGGAGUCCCCCUCUUCAUUUAGCUGUUAUGAUUAACCACGUCACAGUUGUAAACAAUUUACUAAGUGCACAGCAUGAUAUUGACAUCUUAAAUGAGAGAAGAAGGACUCCUUUGCAUGUAGCUGCUGAUCCUGGAAAUGUGGAACUGGUGGAAACCUUGCUGAAGGCAGGCUGUGACUUGAAGGUUGUCAGUGAGCAAGGGAGGACUGCCCUGGUGGCCUCCAAGAGCAACCACGGCCUUAUUGCAGACAUGCUCAUUAAAGCAGAGAGAUACUAUGCCUGGAGAGUGGAGCAUGGUGAAAGCAUCAGGGACCCAUCAUCCCUCUUUAUUCUGACAUUCAAGCAAGAUCACAGUCCAGAGACCAGGCAUAUUCGCAGUCUCCUCUGGAAACUGGUUUUACCCCUGAAGGCCAAUGAGUGGCAGAGGCUGUCCCGUACAUGGAAAUUCACAGAGGACCAGAUCAGAGCCACAGAGGAUCAGUGGUCAGGAAAGGAAAGCUUCCGUGAACAUGGCCACAGGGCUCUGGUCAUCUGGCUGCAUGGGACCCUGAUGACACAGGCCCCUCCCAUCAAGCGUCUGUAUGAAGAAUUGGUACUCGCAGGUUUCCCAGAACUAGCUGAAAAGAUCUGUCAAUUCAGAAGCAAAACUGACUCAAGGCCCACGAAAUGUGGUUUCACAAAUGCCUAAAAAAUUGUAUCGAAUGACUUUCCACUCAGUAUCCAGUCUAAGUUCACUUCACUAAUGCCAUAAAAUUCAUCUAGCCAUAGUAUUAACUUUCCUUUCAACUAUGAAAAUGGUGGUGAUAGGAUCCUCUAACAGAUGGAAAGAUGGUAUUAUACUUCCCAGCCACUGAAAUGAAGUAAAAAAUAUUAUUGGUUUUGCUUGAGACAAGUUGUGUUUGAUUUUCCGAUCUGUCAUUUGAUGGAACAUAAGUGAUUUGGCAUAAUCUAGGAUUUUGUACAUCAUGUUUUUAAAAAAAAUGGUGGGAGCAGCUUCAUGGUAUAUGGAAAAACCAAGGGAUUUAGAAUAGACAGACAUGGCUUUUUAAUCAUGGUUUUGCCACCUUAUUAGCUGUAAGCCUUUGGGCAUGCUAAUAUUCAAGUUUUCAGGUCUUCAGUUUCCUUCUCUAUAAAAUGGGGAAAGUGUCUAUCUCCUCCGAGGCAUUGAGGGUAAAGGUGGAAUGCCUAUUAAAUACCUAACCUCAUGCCCACAAUACUGGAAAUAUUAACUGUUAGUUACUUUUCAUCAGUAAGAGAAACUAGCUUUGGAAAUUUAUAGUUCAUUGUUGGCUUUAAGUAACACCUAGACAUAAUACAUUAUUUAGAAAGGACCAGAAAUGAUAUAUGAAUGUUUUUUAUCUUCUGUGAUGCAAUUACAGGUCUUUAUUUUCUUUGUACUUUUUUGGUAUUUUCCAUUUUUUUCACAAUGAACAUGCACUAUUUUUAUAAUCAGAGGAAGUUAUGAAAAAAGCAAAUACCAGUUUAUAUUAGUUUAUGUGCAUCUAUUCAUUAUAAUUUAAGGCUCUGCAUUCUCAAAUGCUGACUUUUUAGUCCUUAAGGCCAGAAAAAAAAAUCACGACCAAUUUCAGUUCUAGUUAAGCUAUCAUGAAUUUAUAGUUCUAUACCUUUGUCUCAUGUUGAUUAUAAAUGGCCCACUUAAUGUUAUGUUUAAAUCAUGUGAUUCCAAAAAAGUUUUUUAAAAAGGUAUGCAGUGAAAAGUCUUGCCCACGUCUGUUCUUUACUAUGUAGUUUCCACUGAUCUUGCUACUCCUCCCCCACCAAAAAAUCUGGGUAACUUCUUUAUGCAAAAAUAAACAAAUGUGAAUGCAUUAUUAACAAUAUAUAAAACAUACAUAAAUGUUCUAAUUGUUGAAUUUAAGUUAACUUAGGCUAACACUAUUGUACUUUGGACAAUAUAUAAUUUCUAGAGCUUAAGGCUUAAAAAAUGCCUGUAAUAGUCUUAAUUACAAUAGUCAAAAUACUCACUUUAGUUUUAGUUCAUGUUGUUAUGGAUUGGAUACUGAAAACCAUUCGUUGUUACUGUCUAGGCUCCUCAAAAAGCAGAGCCCGAGGCUAAAGUUUAUGAGCAACUGCUUUUUUCAGGAGUGCAAAUCCUAGGAGGCAGGAGUGAAGGAAAAUGGGAGUGAGAUGGGGAAGGAAUGGGAGCUAAGAGCAGGGUGAUUUACCACAUUGGCCAGCACUGCUGUCAAGCACAACUGAUUAUUUGACCUUGAGGGUACUCUCUUCCAAGUGAUGGGAUGGACUAGUACAUUGCAGGGUAAUUCAUAAAUGGGGGCAAGGAAGAAUUGAUGUUUACUGCAAUGGGGUAUUAAUUCUGGACUGGACGGCUGACGCGUGGGCUCCAUGUGGAGCCUGUGGUCCCCUGAGACUUCUUGGAGCAGCCGGGAAAGCCCAGGAGAGCAGCAUGCCCAGGUGCUAGGUGGGCAGCGCUUGGUGAUGGGCUGUUGCUUUGUGCUUGCUGAAACCCAUAAGAAGCUCUUGGCCACAGUGGUACCUGGGCCAGAACUCAGAACAUGUGUUGCAUAAGAAGGAGCUAAUAUUCUUUAAGACACAGCCAGGUAUUUGUAUAGCUCAGAGAAGCCUUGGUGUAACCGAGGCAUUGAGGGUGAAGGUGGAAUGCCUAUUAAAUACCUAUAGGUAUUUGCCUAUGUCACAUUUGUUCUCUCAUGUCCCAAUACAAUGUGAGGCUAAGAAAAACUAUGUCCUACAAUAAAGUUAAGAGCACAGAGCUAGAUCAUGUUCAAACUGAAAGAGGCUUCUGAUUUUUAAGUCCAUCCACUUCUGUUACAGAUAGGGAAACUAAUGCUCUAGACAGAUACUUCAGAAUCUACUCAUUUUUGUAACCUAUAAGUACUUUGUGAAAUAGGGGAGGUAGGUAGAUCUCAUUGCUUCACAGGUAAGGAUCCUGAGACAUUUAAAUUUAGUGUCUGGCCUAAGAUAAAGCAGUCAGCCAGCAAUAAAACCAUCAGAAAGCUGGUCUUGUUCUUCUAACUCACUUUUACCCAGAUGGUUUCUUCUCAUUGGUCAGUCAUUAAAAAGUCUCUGCCCAGGUGUGGAAGGUUUGCUCAGCUGCCUGGGUCACACCACCACAUGGCAAUGUAUGGAUAAGAGGGUAAAAAGGGCCCAAAUUCUGUAGUGUUUCAGAAAGGCAAGAAAGAACAUCAGAAAUAGGAUUAUUCUUUUUUUUUUUUUUUUUUUUUUUUUUUUUAUAAUAAUUAUUUUUUAUUGAAGGGUAGUUGACACACAGUAUUACAUUACAUGAGUUUCAAGUGUACAACACAGUGGUAGAACAUUUAUAUACAUAAUUCUAGGUUCCAGCUAUCACCCUACCAGGCUGUUACAAUAUCUUGACUAUAUUCCUUAUGCUAUACAUUACAUCCCGGUUACUAAUUUAUUUUACCAUUGGAAGUCUGUCCUUUUUUUUUUUUUUUUUUUUUUGUGAGGGCAUCUCUCAUAUUUAUUGAUCAAAUGGUUGUUAACAACAAUAAAAUUCUGUAUAGGGGAGUCAAUGCUCAAUGCACAAUCAUUAUUCCACCCCAAGCCUAAUUUUUGUCAGUCUCCAAUCUUCUGAGGCAUAACAAACAAGUUUUUACAUGUAGAACAAAUUCUUACAUAAUGAAUAAGUUACAUAGUGAACAGUACAAGGGCAGUCAUCACAGAAACUUUCGGUUUUGCUCAUGCAUUAUGAACUAUAAACAGUCAGUUAAAAUAUGAAUACUCAUUUGGUUUUUAUACUUGAUUUAUAUGUGGAUACCACAUUUCUCUCUUUAUUAUUAUUAUUUUUAAUAAAAUGCUGAAGUGGUAGGUAGAUACAAGAUAAAGGUAGAAAACAUAGUUUAGUGUUGUAAGAGAGCACAUGUAGAUGAUCAGGUGUGUGCCUGUAGACUAUGUGUUAAUCCAAGCUAGACCAGGGCAAUAAAACAUCCACGUAUGCAGAAGAUUUCUCUCAGAACGGGGGGGUGAGGUUCUAAGCCUCACCUCUGUUGAUCCCCAAUUUCUCACCUGAUGGCCCCCCUGCGACUGUGCCUGUCUUAGGUUGUUCCUCCCUUGAGGAAUCUUACCCGUCUCUGGCUAACCAGUCAUCUUCCGGGGCCAUACAGGGAAAUGUGAAGUUGGUAAGUGAGAGAGAAGCCUUAUUGUUUGAAAAAGUUAGCUUUUCACUUCUUUGCAUAUUUAUGCCCUGUGGCUUCUAUGCCCAGCAUUUGUCUUGAGGUAUCUUUACCACUUGGAAGAAUUAUGAUACUCGGUAAAUUUGAUAUGAGGCACGAAUUCUAUUUAAGGGUUGUAAUUAGGAAGGAAGAAGAAAAGCUAUAGAAGUAGCAGGCGGAAGAAAACAUGGGAAGAUUGAUUAUUUCUUUGAUAUAUCUUCUUGUAGAGUAACUUCAGCAUGUAUAGGUUUUAAGCUACUACUUAAAUUGCACACACACAUUAACAUAAUAG